AUGACGAUAGCAAAUGUACUGAAGGAAAUGGAGAUGCAGUAUGACAUUGCCUAUUACCGGAAUUCAGAGGCAAUACCUAAAGGUACAAACCAAUAAUCUAACUACAUAACUGAAUCGAUCAGGUGUAUUAGUUAAAACAUACCCAACACUUUCCUCCUCCUUAAAUAAAAUUGUCUGCUGUUAGACAGAAUAAACUAAAGUGCUGGACUGUUUUAGUGAAUUGAGGUCUAAUUGUCAAACAAUAAUGCGCUCAUGUGUAUCAAAAUUGUCGAUUCAACCUAAGUGAUUAAUGUAUAUACCAUCACUUGCCCGUCCUAAAUUUUCACUAGAGGCAAUUCACCUUCACCAACUGACGUUAUUUUUUAAUCGAGAAAUUUCUCACUGAUAUAUUUUGCUUUUUGUAGAACAAUGUCUUCCUACCUGUUCAACCUUUCCAGUUGUGGUUACGAAGACUACCAAAGUCAUUCAAGCAGAAAAUCUAUUUUCUGCACGAAAUGAGAUUGUGGUGAAGGAGAAAGACAGUGGGAUUGUGUAUCGAAGACAAAAGCCGGUAAAGCUCUACGAGCAACUUUUAGACAUUUUUAAGGCCGACAAGUUGCUUCAUGUGAUUGACGCGUGUAGUGGUGUGGGUUCUUGUGGAGUGGCGUGCCAACAAAAAGGAUUGAAAUGUGUUAUUUCAGAAAAGUCCCCCCUGAAG